AUGCAGUCCAUUCUUGCGCUCGUGGGCUUGGUUCUGGCUAAUUUGGCCGCUGCUGGACCUUGCAAACCCAGUGCUCCAACACCUUCCAGCCUUGCACUUACAUCGUCCAUCCGGACCGACGUUUCCGAAACAUCCGAAGUCCCCAGUCUAACCGUUCCUCAAUCGACAACUACAACUCAAGAAGUCGAUAUCAUCAUCACCAACGCUAUUGAGGGAGGAAGUCUCGCCGUCCGCAAUGCCAACAACCCUCCCAGCGAACUCACAAACUUCGGUGCGACUGGAAAUGCAGAAUUUCAUGAGGGAGGUUGCUACAAGGCUGACGGUAGUCGCGAUGAUGGUUGCGCUGCAUUGACUGCCUCUGGGAACCCAGCUGGAAAGCGAGAUACAGGAUCAUUUGCUAGUAUUUGGCAGACUCUCAACUCACUAAGCACUGGUUCUCAAAGCAGGUAUACCGUUCAGUUCUACUAUCUCGUUGCUUCUUUUGGUAGCCAGGAUUGCACUGUUGCUGCAUCUCUAGGCAGCAGGCAGUUCUACUCGCAGUCUCUGUCAUCUGUCGGAACCAGCGUGUCUUGGACGCAUGUUCUUGAGCAGGUUGAUGCUGAAUCUGCUUCCGCUACCUUUGCCAUCUCGAUCACAUGUUCUGGGAAUGGCAUCUCGGUUAUUUUGGUCGACUCAAUUUUCAUCUCCAAUCAAGUUACCCCAGCCAACAUUGGCAACUUUGUCCUCGACUUCGGCGCGCCCACUACAAACCCAGUCACGACCUCCGAAACAUUCACCGAGCGAACCAUGGACCCCGAGACCACCUCCGCCAGUUCCUCAUCGGAGACAUUCACAGAGAGAACCAUGCCCGAGACAACCACCACCUCUCCCCCCAACACAGACACUACACGUCCCGCGCAGCCAACCGAGACAGCUUGUAAGCCAACAUGCGACAUGCGCGACGGCUUCGACAACCACCCCGAGUGGAACUGCAGAGUCUACGGCCUCUACAACGGCUUGACAUACCAGCUCCCGAACCAAGACGAUGACGAGACACGCCCUUAUUAUGAUGGUGCCGAUGACUGUGCCGAGAUCUGUAAGACGCUGCCUGGCUGCAAGUCAGCAGGUUAUAUGUUUGCCCCCAGGAAGUGUUUCUUCUCCAACAAUGUUGUUACACGCUCUGAGGUCCGCGAUAUGUCGGAUGAUGGUAUUGAUGUUGAUUGGUAUGGAAUGGACUGUUUCACAUGCUCUGCCUGUGAGAAUGGCCCCGCAGAGACAACUGUUGCAGAGACUUCUUCUACGCCUGUCAAUACUGAUACAACAAUCGCCCCCGAAUCUACAACCCUUGCGACUAGUACCUCUUACAGCCCAGCGACUACGACAUCUCCCGCCGAUAACUGUAUCUACAACCGCGGUCAAGAAUGCGAGUUCAACCGCUUCAAAGACCACAGCGACACCCUCUGCAUCUGGGCCGCUCUCUUCACCGGCACGACAUGGAAAGAGUCCCGCGCAGACUAUCCCUACCAAGACGAUGUCUACCAAUGCGCCGCUAUCUGCCAGACUCUCCAGAACUGUGAAUCUUCCGCCUACUUUCAGACGGAGAACCGCUGCCUCUUCACCUCCAAGAAAAUCCAGCAAUCCGAUAUGGUCUCGCAUGAAGAUCGGCCUCAGGAUCACGCUGUCUGGAGCCACAACUCCUGCUGGACAUGCCCGGCCUGCUCUGAGACGGCUGUUCUCCCCGCUACGAGGUACUGCUCGUACGAGCAAGGUGAUAGCUGCCGCGCUGUGUCUGGCAAACCAGGUGCGUUGUGCAACUACCAGGGCUUCUGGGAAGCGUACAAUCAGUGGGACCUCGCGACGUAUCCUGACCAGAGCUCACCUGAGAAGUGCGCGGCUAUUUGCAUGGCGCUGGAUUACUGCGUUGGGUCUGGGUACAAGGAUGAUAGGUGUAUGUUUUCGUUCAGGGAGCUCAAGGUGGCGGACUUUAGGGACUGGCCUGAUCAUUCAAGGGAUGGAACAUGGAGCGAUAACUCUUGCUUUGAGUGCCCCGGCUGUACCGCGUAA